AUGCAUCACCAGAUUAUAGUAGAAGACUUCUUAAAAACACUUUGGGAAGUAGAUCAAGAUACAAAGAGAAAAUAUACAAAGGAAGAAAAACAAUGCGAAAAAUUCUACGAAGAAAGUUACACAAGAGACAGUAGCGGCAGAUACAUUGUCAGACUCCCUUUCCGUACAAAAGAACCUAUAUCACCGGGUGGAAAUACAAGAGAGAUAGCAAUGAAGCGAUUAAUUCAACAGGAAAAAAGACUGCAACAAACACCAGAGUUCAAGAAAGAAUAUGAUGAGGUACUAGAAGAAUAUUUAGUAAUGGGACACAUGACAGAGAUACCAAUAGAAGAAAUCAGCAAACGUUCUGUCUAUCUACCGCAUCACGCCGUCAUAAGAGCUGAUAAAGAAACGACUAAAAUCAGAGUAGUAUUCGAUGCGUCUUGCAAAUACAACAACGGUGUAUCUUUAAAUGAUGAGCUUAUGACAGGACCCGUAUUGCAAGAAGAUAUGAGGAGCAUAUUUAUGAGAUGGCGGAUGCAUAAGAUAUGCUUCGCAAGUGACGUUAUAAAGAUGUAUAGAAUGAUUAGGUUAGACAAACGAGAUACCGACUACCACAGAAUACUUUGGCGUCGCAAAAACAUACAAUCAGAAGUCAGUACGAAAUCAGAAGAAAAUAUACAAACAAACAGAGAGGACUCUAGCAAUCUUGCGGAAGUCAAGGAUUACAGAUUAAAUACAGUCACAUUUGGGACAGCAUCUGCCCCAUACCUCGCAGUUAAAACGUUGAUGAAGCUUGCAGAAGAUGAGGGCCACCUCUAUUCAGAUGCUGCUAAGAUAAUUCGAGAAGAUUUCUACGUAGACGAUUUGAUUUCGGGUUGUGACACUGCAGAAAAAGCAAUAGACAUCAGCAAGCAAAUAAUUACUAUCCUUCAACGAGGCGGUUUUGAACUCCAGAAAUGGGCUUCUGACGAUAACAAGUUUUUGAAAUCUAUAGAUGCGAGUAAAAUCACAACAAAAGCGAAUCUAGACAUUAAAUUAGACGGCAUCAUUAAGGCUCUGGGUGAGAUAUUGUUGCAAAAAGCCUUGGAAGGACCUGAGAAAGCACAGUGGUUAGCAGCAGUGCCGGAAGAGUUACAGUCGUUCGAGAAAAUUGUGCGUGAGAACUAG